UUGAAAACUAGCGCGGUCGCCGAAGAAAUAUGGCAGGAAAUAUCAGAGCGUGUGUGGUGUUUAUAGUAUUCAUCUCUUGCGGAGGGGUCGCUGUAAAUGAGUGGUCCGUUCUCAGUCUUUUAUAAUGAGCGGCGCUGUCUGUUCUGCAGCGGUGCAGACGGAGCUCCUGAAGGCCGCAGUGACACGCACAGGAGCGACGGGGCUGCUGCUGCAGCCCACCAAGACUGACUCAGGCAGGUGUGGACAGAUCAUACGCUGAUCUCAGCACCAGGACAUUACCAUGUACUACAGCCGAACUUCAUCUGAAAUGUCCGCUUGGCCCAGCAGCAACAGCAUUACAGAGCUUCUAGGGGCACUGUGUGACCGCAGCCUGUCAGGGGUGUCAUGGAAGCGCCUCUCUUUGGGCGGUGCCUCAAGGGAGGCGUUCCGCCGCACCCUCCGCAAGAGAGCCUACGGUGCACUGCUAUCCAAACUCUUUCAGGACAGCUCCUUCAAACCCAACUCAACAGCAAAUGCAUUGGCCAACACGCCAGCCCACAACAAAAUGCUGAUGAUUUCCUUUGACCUGCGCGUCUCUGGCUGCACUGAAGCAGCCGAGAGGCUUGAGGUCCUCCUCGCACAGCUCCAUGAGGUGGCACUUUCGUCUGGUCUGGCUGAGCUGGAUUCUGUCUUGGAGCUGCUGGUGCAGUUGGCUGGUUCGGUUCCUCCACCAGCAGUGUCCUUCAGCAGGGACUACAUGCGACGGGAGCGGCCCGUGCUCCGCAGGCCUUCCCUGGGUGGCUACCUGAGCCAAGAGAUGCAGAGGCUAGAGAGCAGGGCCUGGGCUUUGGUGUGUGAGGAAGAGUGGGGGGCGUUUGGGGGUGCGUAUAGGACGCUAAGCCUGAUGGACGCUCCACCAGGGACUGGCCUGCUAGGCCUGGGCAGGAGAGCGGAAGUGGAGGAGAGGUUUGAGAGGGAAACCAGGCUGUCCCUGUUUGGAGCACUGCAGCACUCAAGGACAUCAGAUAUGGACAUCCGGCUGGACUUGCCACCUGUGCCCAGUAAUGCAGAGGUCACUGGACUCACUAUUCGGGUUCCUCAGUGUUUGGAUCAGUCAGAGGAUGAAGGCUUCCAGUCUGCCUCCAAUCUGACACCAGACUCACAGUCUGAGCCCAGCCCUAGUCCUGAGGUUGAUAUCUGGGAGGCACUGCGCACAUUUGUGCCUGGCAGGCGCCGCUGCUGGGAAAACGUGGGCUGUCCCCCAGGUCAGAAAGAGCCUCCCUAUCUGUCGGAAGCAGGCAGGGAGGCGUUUGAUCAGCUGUACCGGCUCUGGGAAGGAGAAGUUAGGAACAUGAUCUCCUCUCAGACUCCCUCUCCUCUCCUGCCUCUACCUCUGGACUGCCAAACUCAAUUAGUUAAAGACCUCCUCAAUGUGCUUAUAGGAGUGGCCUCUACUACUUUCCCUCUCAAUGAGGCGAGUGUGCAAUUUGAUGUGCGUCCGGAUGUGUGUGUGUCAGGAACGUCCCCAGAGAGUGUGUCGCGGCUGUUAGGGGAGCUGGCGCAGUACGGCACACAUUACCUUCGUCUGAGCCGUUUCUCUCUGGGCACUGCUGAUAAGAAAGGCUUGGUGUUUCAGGCCUUCACGGGUGGUCUGAGACGCUAUCUGCAUUACUAUAGAGCAUGUGUACUGAGUACACCUGCCUCACUCAGUAUCCUCACCAUCGGCUUCCAUUUCCGCAAGUUGGGACGGCAACUCAGAUACCUAUCUGAGCUGUGCUGUGUGGAUGGAGCUGCAGGUGCAAAGCAGGCUACCUUCCCUGUGGGUGUGAAGCUUCUUUCCUACCUGUAUAAUGAAGCACAGAGUAACUGCAGUAAUGAGAACUACCCUGUACUGCUGUCUCUACUGAAGAGCAGCUGUGAGCCUUACACACGGUUUGUGUCAGACUGGGUGUACAGUGGUGUCUUCAGAGAUGUGUAUAAAGAGUUUAUGAUCCAGGUGAAUGAAGACUACCUCAGCUACAGAGAUAAACAUUUCUGGGUGCAGGGCUACACUCUGAUCUCAAGGGAUGCAGAGGACUGCGUGCCUGUGUUCCUCCGAUACAUUGCUAACGACGUUUAUGUCUGUGGAAAGACCAUCAACCUGCUGAAGAUCUGCUGCCCCCAGCAUUACAUCUUUUGGUCGGAGUUGCCGGUGCCACGGAUCGCAGUAACGUUUUCUCUGCGCGAGGUGGAAGAGAUUGAGAGAGACUGUGCUGUGUACCGAGGCCGCAUGGAGACCAUCGCCAAACACAGUGCCGUCAGCAGAGAGGAGCAGGCAUUACGAACAGAGUUGGCACGCCAAGAGCUCAUCAAUCAGGUCAGAGAGUCGGCAGCCAAGACACUGGAGAGCAUCCGAGGCCGCCAGGUGUCACAGCGUCUGGCUGAGGAGGCGAAAAAAAGAGAACGCUUUGAGGAGUUGAGACAGCAGCUGGAGCUCGACCAAGAGUGGCGCAGUGCUGCUAAAAGGAAGGAGCAGGAGGAUGACUUCAGCUUUGCUCGCGAGCUCAGAGAUAGAGAGCAGAGGCUGCAGGCCCUGGAGGAACAGCUGGAGCGCAGGGCACGCAUGGAUCUGAUAGCGCAGUAUAGUCGCCUGUCUGAAGAGGCUGCAAAGAGAGAACGGAGAGCUAUGUGGAAGGUGCAGAGAAUGAGGCUCGAUGAUGCCAGAGUGACCUUUCUACAACAGGACCAACAAGCCAUACAGGCUUUACUGAAGCAGUAUCCUUUAGGGCAGCAACGCCCUGCUCAGGAACUACCUCAACAUGAGCAGGAACCGCAUACUUCUGAACCAACAAUGAAAACCCUAAACAUGAAGAUGAAACCCAAUGUUGGUUCGGAGUCAAUCCCACCUCCUCCCUGUCCAUCGCCACCACUUGGACCUCGCAUUUCCUCCACUGCAGUUGCUGAUGGGCUCAUCUCUGAUGAGAUUGACAUUAGAGACUUCCUCCCUAAGCCUCCGCAUGUCCCAAACAGUAAGGCUAUAACACAGGCUCUGCAAGACAUUGGCUCUGACCUUCCACAAUCCUCUGGAAACCCUGCUCCCCUGCUGCUAGAUUCAGACUAUGACUUCUCCCCCUAUCCUCAUCAACACCUUAAGCCUCACCAUUGUCCUGCACACCCCUCCCUGACCCAUACUGAGAUUGGGAAAAAUGUGUCUGAAGCCCAAAGUUCGGUGCCAUCAGCAGAGCCUAGGGCAAGUGAAUAUGGCCACCCCUCACUCAGCUCAGUGCCGCUGGAGAACAGUGCCGCCUCAGGGCAUAGAAGCCCAGACGUCCUGUCACAAACCAGUUUGACUGAAGCAAAGCCAGCAGGAGAGACGCAACAGAAAAAUGUGGCCGCGAACCAAAGGCAGGAGGCAGACGAAAAGGCUGGAGAAAGGAACUUGGAUGGAGAAGGGAAAGAGCCUUCAGCAUGCAGUGCACAUUCAGAGCCAAAACAAGCAACAGAUGACACAGCAGACGAGGCCAAAGAGAGCGAGCAGCUUGCUCAGCCCCCUCAUAUGACAGCUAAGGAAACUCCAACUGAGCUGCCUCUCACCAGUGCCUGCAGCCAAGACUCAGGUGCCCAAAGCAAAAAUAAGAUCAGCAUCUCAGAGCUAACCAGUCUUCCUCCCACCACUUUUGUCCAAGGCCAUGCUUCUGAUGCCCAUAUUAGGAUUGGAGAGCUUGUCUCUGAGGUUACCACUCAUCUCCCCACACCCAGUAUUCAUGGCCAUGCUUCAGAUGCUCAUAUUAAAAUUGGUCAGCUUGUUUCAGAAGUGUCUAUAACUACUCCAUCUCCUAAUGUACAUGGCCAUGCCUCUGAUGCUCAUAUUAGGAUUGGUGAGCAUGUUUCUGAUGUAACCAUACCUACCCCUUCCCCUAAUGUCCAUGGCCAUGCCUCUGAUGCCCAUAUUAAAAUUGGGCAGCUUGUUUCUGAGGUAACUGCCCCAAGACCGUCCCCCAAUGUCCAUGGCCAUGCCUCUGAUGCCCAUAUUAAAAUUGGGCAGCUAGUUUCUGAGGUAACUGCCCCAAGACCGUCCCCCAAUGUCCAUGGCCAUGCCUCUGAUGCCCAUAUUAAAAUUGGAGAGCUCGUUUCAGAGGUAACAACCAUAACCCCUUCCCCUAACGUCUAUGGCCAUGCCUCUGAUGCCCAUAUAAAAGUUGGUGAGUUUGUAUCAGCAGUUGUUCCUUCACGUCCUCGUUGGAGCAAACAUGGACACUCGUCAGACAGCACACUUAAAGUGGGAUGUGUGAUGCCAGAGACUGAACCCUUUCAUUUCCCCUUACCAGGCAGUUCUUACGGUCACUCUUCAGACUCUAGCCUAGGUAUAGGGUGUGUGGUUACAGGCAGUGAGCAGUCCAACUCCCAUUCAUCAGCCAACAUAUAUGGUCACAGCUCAGACUCCACACUAAAGGUUGGUUGUAUUGUGUCUGGAUCAGAUCCUCUUCCGUCCCCACUGCCUGGUAGCGCAUAUGGACAUUCAUCGGACUCAACACUUGGGGUAGGUUGUAUAGUGAAAGGGACAGAACCCCUUAGACACCCUGCUGUCCCAGGCAGUACUCAUGGACAUUUUUCUGACUCCACACUGGGCAUGGGCUGUGUGGUACAGGGGUUUUUGCCUGGAAGCUCAUAUGGCCAAGCCCUUCAGACAAGAUCAGACUUGACCACAGAAGGAAAGGACAAACGAGAGAGCAUAGAGACCCAAGGCUCCACAGCAGCACCCCCAGAGCUGCUCACUCUGGAUGAGGGUCUUGCUGCCUGGGCUCAGGGGCUUGGUCUGUCCCCUGGAGAGAGCCCAGAGGAUGACUACCUCCUGAAGCUGGCCUCUCAAUACGAGGCUGAGCAGUAUGAGGAUUCUUACAGCCUGAUGAUGUCUGCCCCUGAUGCACAGCUCCUGCAGCAGGUAACACGUGGCCCAAAUGGUUUGCCAGUGGACGCCUCCCUUCACUGUGCCACAGACUCCACUGCGGUCCAUCUUAGUGAGAUGAUGCCUCUCCCUGUGCUUAUGAAACACUCGGUCACAACCCCACUCAUCACACAUUUGUCUCUGGUGAAUAAGGCGGUGGUGGAUUACUUCUUUGUGGAGUUGAGAGUGGAGAAGCACUUUGAGGCUUUGAGGCACUUCUUGCUGAUGGAGGAUGGCGAGUUUGCUCUCUCGCUCACUGACCGCCUCUUUGAGAAACUGGGCAGCGGUCAGACCCCCGGUGAGCUGUUGACUCCUCUGGUGUUGAACUCCAUUCUGAACAAGGCCAUGCAGUACAGUCUCCAUGGUGACAGUGAGCUGGCCGCUAACUUCACGUUUGCACUGCGCUACCUGCCUGAGGUUUUCCACCCGCACGCCCCUGACUCGCUCAACUGCCUCGAGCUCCGUUACAAGGUGGACUGGCCAUUAAAUAUAAUAAUAACAGAUAGCUGUAUGAAUAAGUACAACCGGCUCUUCUCCUUCCUGCUGCAGCUCAAACACAUGGUGUGGUCUCUGAGCGAUGUUUGGUUUCAUCUCAAACGGACAGCCCUGGUCAAGGGAGCAGGCAGGUCAGUGCAGUUCCGGCAGCUGCAGCUGUACAGACAUGAGAUGCAGCACUUUGUGAAGGUGAUUCAGGGCUACAUCGCUAACCAGAUCCUGCAGGUGUCUUGGAGCGAGUUCACUCAGAAGCUCAGCAGCGCCAGCGACCUCGACACCAUCCACCGCACACAUGCAGAGUACCUCAACAGGGCCAUCUUCAGGGCUCUGCUGACGGAGAAGGCUGCUCCAGUGAUGAACAUCAUUCACAGCAUCUUCAGUCUGAUCCUGAAGUUCCGUGGGCAGCUGAUCGCACAGUCCUGGGAGAGCCAGCAGGGGGAGAUGGUGCACCCCAGCUUCAUUGCCAUGCAGCAGUCUUACAACACCUUCAAAUACUACUCACGCUUUCUGUUCAAAGUGGUCUCCAAGCUGGUUGACAAAGGCUACCAGCCACAUUUAGAAGACUUUUUGCUGCGUAUCAACUUCAACAACUACUACAAAGACUCAUGACGUUUUGGCUGUCUGUGUGAACUGCUGAUGCAAUGGGCUUUUCUUCUAGCUGCUUUGGCACCAGUGCUGACAUCAGCAAGGCUCUCUAUAUGCAAAUAAUAUGCUUAUCAUCAUUGUAGCUGCCCUGCAAUGUGAGUCCAUGGUGCUGCUCAAAGAUAUUUUGUGGCUAUUCAUUACCCAGUUAAGUGCAAGUUACAAAGGUAAUGCUAGUUACCACCUAAUGCCUGUACAGUCAAACUGAAGAAAUGUGGAAUUCAACUGGAUUCAGGAGUUCUGAGCAAACUGUAAAGCACUUAACUCUGUUGCUAAGAAAGCAAACUGUAAAGGUCUAAGAUUUUUUUCAGCAUUUUAUUUCUAAACUGCUGUCUCCUGUUCUGGUCAUAGCACUCUCCUCACAUUUUCAGAGCAAUUACAUACACUUCCAUUGCCAAAUCAGCGUCAAUCGACGUUGAGCCCUUGUCUCAUUGCUGUGGUAUUGUAUAUGAAUUAAAAUAAAAUGCUGUUUCACGUUGCGUCUCACAUUAA